CUUGCUGCGCCUGCCACACCACACACGUCUCUCUCACCUCCACCAUCCCUCACCUAUCAGCCGGCAUCGCAUGCCCGCAGCCACACUCGCCGCAUCGGCAGGGCGCGACGCCCGCAGCGGCAGCAGCGGUAGUGCUGUGCGCAGCGUGGCAUGUCCCUGCCUCAACGUGCAGCUCAGCCUCGUGCCGCCCGCCGCAACGGCAGCGUCUCGUCGCAGCAGCGGCGGCAGCGCCGCGGCAGCAGAGAGUACAGAGCAGCAAGAGACAGAGCAGCAGCAGGAGGAAUGCGUGCUAGCUGAGCAGGACAUACAGGUGCUCCUGCCGCAGCUGACGGCACGCGAGGGCCUGCCCGCAAGUGCGCCGCCCAGCGCGUCGGCAAGCAGCAGCCUCACCGCCGCUCCGCCCUCGGGCACCUCGCUGAUGCUGCGCUGCCUCGGCUGCUCCACCUCCGUCUACGCUGUGCCGCGGCCCGCGCUGCCGGCACCGGCGCGCAUCACAGGCUUCGCCAUUGGGCGCAGCGAGAGUCCGCGGCCCGCCGCGCCCGCCGCCGCCGCCGCGCCGGCGCAGGCAGACGCCAUUCUGCGGCCCGUCGACGGCGUCGUGCGCCUGUGCAGCGGCCUGCUCGACGAGGCAGGCAUUGCAGCGGCACGCCAGGCGGCGGACUACUCGGCCGCGUUCGGCAUGCGCGUCACCAGUCCGACAACCCCGCUGCCAGCAGGAGCAGCGCAGCUGCGCUCGCCAGCACGCAGCAGCGCCACUGCCGCCUCGUCACGCCUCGCAGUCACGCAGCCGUUUAGUCUGCCCGCCAUGCCCUCCUCGCUGCUCAUCUCGCCGCCCUCUUCUCCGGGCCCCGCGAGCAGUUCGAGUCUCAGCAUUGCGCUCGAGGCGCGUGCGCUCGAGACGCUGCGGUCUGCGCGUGCACGCGCAGAGGCGGCAGUGUACGAGACGCUGGCGCGCGAGCGCGAGAAGCUCGCGGCGCUCGAGGCACACAUUGUGCGCGACGCCGAGGCGCUGCUGGCGCGAGCGCGCCCCGAGGCGCGGGUGUCGACGCCGCGCGUCGCCUCGGGCGGCAACGGCAACGUCGGCGUGCUCAUGACGCGCACCGCCAGCGGCGGCAGCGAGAAGAACAGCACGCCGCGCCGCGAUGCCUAUCGAGCCCGAGGCGUCAGUCCGCUGCCGGAGCCGCCGACACUCUCGAGCACGGCCUUUGAGCGGCGACGCACGCCGCUGACCGAUGCCGCUGGUACCUCUGUGACAGCCUCUGGGUCCGUCGGCAGUCUGUCGCAGUCCGUCAGUGCGCUCUCUGCCUCCUUUGCCAUGCGCGGCCGCGACGCGCCUCUCACGGCGUCGCCGUCGGACUGGAUGACGAAGAAGCGGCUGCGCGAACGCUACCCGGAGGCAGACCACUCUGCGCUGACGAGUGCGGCGACGAGUGCAGCCACCAGCGCCGACACGUCUACCGCCAACUCGGAGGACGAAGACGAUGAGCGGGGACGCGCACGUGGGAGGGAACGCACGGCGAGGGAUCAGCAGGCUGCCGCUGCGCCGCCGACAUUGCUGCGCAGCGAGAAGGCGGGUGCUUCAGUGCAGCUUAUGCAGACGCCUGCUGCGGGUGAUGGGCGAACCAGUCGAGGCGAGGCGUGGACGAUCAACGAUGCAGAGCGAGAACGGCCCUCUGCCAGUGCGCGCAAGGAGCGACGUCAAGAAGCCGCGCCGGAGCCUGCUGCUGCACCGCAGCCUUCAGCUCGCGCCACGCCGCUCUCACCACCCCUGAAGUCUGCGCGUAAGGACAAGGAACGUGUGGCCGAGUCGUCUGCGACAUCUACCUCGCAGGCACCAGAGAAGAAAGUGGCGUUUGUGGAGACGCCAGUGGAGGUGGCGCCGCCGCCGGCAGUCGAGGAGCCGGCACCUGUCAAUGCCGACGAGGGCAAGUCCGCGGUGUUUGACAUCGACGAGGAGAUCGAAUUGGAUGUCGAUGACGGCGCCGCCGCACCAUCGACUGUCUCGGUGGGCGAGCGGGCACUGGAGCUUGACGGCUCGCUCGACGCCGACGACGCCGACUCUCCCUCGCGCUCCAGCUCGCCCGAAGAGUUCAACGCACCAGCGAGCAUGUCGGCCAUGCAUGCCGGCAGCUUCUCUGCGCUUGCUGCGGCGCGCCAGCUUGGCAGCAGCAGCGCUGCAACUGGCAGCGAGAAGCGCGAGCUCGAGGCAGACGAGCCGGAGUUUGAUCCUGCCAGUCUCCGUCUGCAGCUCGACGGCAGUGUGGUGCUCGACACCGAAGCGCUGGCGGAGCGGCGCAUCAGCAGCGGCGCAAAGCCGGCGCAGUCCCGGCUCGGCAAGACGCGCGAGGAGACGUCCAUUGGCUUCCGUGUGGCCGUGGGCGAGGCAGAGGCGCGCCUCAAUGGCCUCCUGGCGCCCAACGUGCCAAGUCACCGCGGGCUCGGCAGACAUACGGCGCGCAAGUAUGCGCUGGACGAGGAGGACGAUGGCUGGGCGGCUUGGCAGACGAGAGUGCGCACCCCCUCGCCUGCGCCCGACGCGGCGCUGCCGCUGGCCCGCUCCAUGCCCAUCGGCAUAGUCGUCUCGCCGCCGGGCGCCACGACGCCCGUGAUGAUGUCUGCCCGCGCGCCGGGCACCACGACGUUCCGCGACGAGACGAGCGGCUUUGACCUGGAGCCCAAGACAUCGCUGCCGUACCGCGAGAAACAGAUGACGCCCUCGCUGCGUCAGGCUCUGCGCCGCCGCGACCUGGGCGUGGGCGCUGCUGCGCGCUCGCCGCUGCCCGUUGUGGUGGACGAGCCGGAGAGCACGUCGGGCGAGAGCCGAGGCACGCCUCAGCCUACUCCCAAGCUGGCCGUCUCCGCGCCCCGAGACGCCGCGGCCAGCGUGCAGCGCGGCUUUGAGCCCGACAAGAAGACCAGCGAGGCGCCGCCCGCCGCCACGACGGCGCGCACUGCCGCAAGCGCAGCCGCCGCUGCAGCACUGCUCCCUGCGGCACCUGCCUCUGCGCCCGCCUCCGGUUCAGGCACGUCGACGCCUCUGGGUGGGCGACGCUCGCCUCGCCCGCCUUACGUGGCGCCUCCGCCGCCGCCGUCGGCGUCGACGGUGCUGGUUGCCGAUCCGAAGCAGCGGCCCGCGCCUCUGGCCCUCUUCGCUGGCCCGCCCGACGACGGCAAGGAGUAUGAGGAGGACGAAGAGGAGGAGCUGUCGUGGGAGAAGGUGCUGCAUUUCCAGCAUCGCCUCGAACGACUCAAGAUCAACCGCCGCACCGGCUGGCUGCACCAUCGCGUGCGCGACCCAGAGUGCAUCGCGGCGCAUAUGUACCGCAUGGCCCUGCUCGCCAUGCUGCAGCCUUCCGACUCGCUGGACAUUGGGCGCUGCGUGCAGCUGGCGCUCGUGCACGACCUGGCCGAGGCGGAGGUGGGCGAUCUGACGCCGCUGGACGGCGUGCCGGGCGAGGAGAAGCUGCGGCGGGAGCGCGAGGCGAUGCAGUACCUCGUGCACGACCUGCUGGGCGGCAGCCGCGCGGCACUGCGCAUCGAGGCGCUCUGGGAGGAGUAUGAGCGCAGAGAGACGAAAGAGGCGCGCCUUGUCAAGGACCUUGACCGCUUCGAGCUCUGUCUGCAGGCCGUGGAGUACGAGCGCUCGGACAACAUCACCGAUCUGCAGCCCUUCUUCACGGGCAGCAUUGCGCACAUUCGCAACCCGCUCGUGCGCAGGUGGGCCGCGCAGCUGGCGCAGGAGCGCCAGCAGCUGUGGGCCGAGCGCGGCAUGGGCUACGUGCAGCCUGAGGUGCGGGAUCAGGGUGGCGCUUGAUGAGCCCCAGCGUAGUCGACUCUUUCGAGAGGAGGAGCAAAUGCAAUCCUUGCUGGAGCUGCAAGGCUGUGCGUGCGGAUGCGGUCGAGGUUGGCGACGUGAAAGGCGCGCCUGCAGCAGGAACGCAGCGCCACAGCAGCAGUGACCAGGCAGGAGAAGCGACAGCCGCACCAGUGAAGGGGGUAUCGCGUUUGUCAUUGUC